AUGGAUGUUCUCGCCUUAGAGGCAAAGACUGUGACUGGAACAGAAACCGAGAAGAAAUCUACCCCAAGGCCAAAACCGAAACCUCCCAAAAAGCCCAAAAGGACAGUUUACUUUGAGGUGGAGAUCUUGGACAAAAAGACCAAGGAGAAACUCUUGUUGCUGGAUAAGGUGGAGCCAACUGCCACUAUUUUGGAUAUUAAAGCUUUGUUUCAUAAAUCAUAUCCAAAGUGGUAUCCAGCCAGACAAUCCCUGCGCUUGGAUCCCAAGGCCAAGUGUCUCAGGGAUGAGGACGUCCUCCAGACACUCCCUGUGGGAACCACAGCCAGCUUCUACUUCACUGACCUGGGACCCCAGCUCACAUGGGGAACUGUGUUCCUGACGGAGUGUGCAGGUCCACUGAUCAUCUACUUAAUGUUCUACUUCCGCCUCCCCUUCAUCUACUCCCCAAAAUAUGACUUCACCAGCAGCAAGCAGUGGAUCGUACACUUGGCCUGCAUGUGUCACUCCUUUCACUACGUCAAGAGGAUUUUGGAGACACUGUUUGUCCAUCGUAUCUCCCAUGGGACCAUGCCUCUCAGAAACAUAUUUAAGAACUGCGGCUAUUACUGGUGCUCUGCAGCUUGGAUGGCGUAUUACAUUAACCACCCUCUCUACACCCCACCCUAUUACGGGCAGCAGCAGGUGAAUAUAGGACUUUACAUCUUCUUGUUCUGUCAAGUGGGGAAUUUUUCCAUCCACAUUACACUUCGUAACCUCAAACCUCCAGGUUCAAAAACCAAGAAGAUUCCUUAUCCAACAAAAAAUCCUUUCACAUGGAUUUUUUGGCUGGUCUCUUGUCCGAACUACACAUACGAGCUGGGCUCCUGGAUCGGCUUCACGGUGAUGACCCAGUGUGUGCCAGUGGGUUUCUUCACUCUCGUGGCGUUCAUCCAGAUGACUGUGUGGGCCAGAGGCAAACACCGCAGCUACUUAAAGGAGUUCAGAGAUUAUCCGACCCUGCGCUCCUCCAUACUCCCCUUCCUCCUUUAG